AAUCGGAUCCGACGGAUACAACGACAACCCCUCGACCCAAACACCACCAAAGGUGUGGCCGGACUCCGCACUCAGUUCAGUGACACUCACACACCUGACGCUCACAGCUCUUCGGAUCCAGUUAUUGAUGCCAAUGAAAGUGAGUGUUUGGAUGCAAUUGUGGCCACAAGUGGAGCACAGAGUGAGACAAAUGAAGACAAUUGCGAGUCCAAUGAUAGGGAGGCGAAGAGCGACGACAUGAGUGCUUUGGAGCAGAGGUUCGCCGCGAGUGUUGAUCUGAAGGACACCACUAAAGAGACAUAUCUUUGAGUUUUAUUGAAAUUCUCGUUUUUUAUAAACAAAUAUAUAUUUAUUUGAAUUUUAAUAUAAUAUUCAUUGAAUUAUAUACACAUAUAAAUGGG